CUUGUGGGAACUGGGAACCCAGAAUUGGGGAAAUACAUUUGGAUACGGACUGGAUAAGCCAAUCCCACUGCCACCACCACCAACACCAACAACCUUCACUCCUCAUCCAAAUUCCAUCUCCCCACAAAACCAACCAAAGGAACAAACACUGCAGACCUUCCUGAGGCCCAAAAAAGAGCAAGCUUCGACAUUCCCCUGCCUCUGUGCAUCAUGGCUCUCUCCACCAUUGCCGCCGCCGCCUCCUCUUCAUUCCUCACCCGCGUUGCCUCCCCUGCAUCCAACAACACCACCACCUGCUCAAUCUCCCAUAAUUUCGGGCCGCCGCCGGGCAAUUGCAAUAAACCCUUGAGAGUAGCCGUGAACAGAGCAACCAAAGGUUCCCCUGCCAUUUGUGAGCCGCUCCCUCCCGACAGACCCAUUUGGUUCCCCGGCAGCUCCCCUCCCGACUGGCUCGACGGCAGCCUUCCUGGCGAUUUCGGAUUCGACCCACUGGGACUCGGUUCGGACCCGGAGCUGCUGAAAUGGUUCGCCCAGGCGGAGCUGAUGCACGCGAGGUGGGCGAUGCUGGCGGUGGCCGGGAUCCUGAUACCGGAAGGAUUCGAGAGGAUCGGGAUGCUGGAGAACUUCAACUGGUACGAUGCGGGCGCCCGGGAGUACUUCGCGGACCCGGUGACCCUGUUCGUGGUGCAGAUGGCCCUGAUGGGCUGGGUCGAAGGGAGGAGGUGGGCCGACAUGAUCAACCCCGGCAGCGUCGACAUCGAGCCCGUGCUGCCGCACAAGCCCAAGCACGAGGCCGACGUGGGCUACCCGGGCGGGCUGUGGUUCGAUUUCUGGUCGUGGGGGACCGGGUCGCCCGAGCCCAUCAUGACGAUGAGGACCAAAGAGAUCAAGAACGGGCGGCUGGCGAUGCUGGCGUUUGUGGGGUUCUGUUUCCAGGCGGUGUAUACAGGGGAAGGUCCGAUUGAGAACUUGAUGGCUCACGUUGCUGAUCCGGGUCAUUGCAACAUUUUCUCGGCUUUCACAGGUCGCUGAGAGUGACAGUGACAGGGCUGGCUGCUUAAUUCUCUCAGUGGUGAUCGCGCAAGAGAAUGCUGUUUUUGUAGAUAUGUUCCCAAGUGUGAGCCCAUACAUACAUUUCUCAUAUUCAUUUGUUAAAGAGGAAGCGCAGCUAUAAAAAUCUAUGUAUUACAUCCGAUUUUGGGACUGCAUAUCUCAGUAUCUCCCUUCUACUAAUUCAGCAAACAAAAUGUACUCCAUAACAUUCACAAGCCGAAUUGGGAAUAGCGGUAGCGUCAAGUUUAGUAGAGGCUAUAACAUUGAAAUUUCGAUUUAAGGUUAUAGUGUGAGUGUUAGUAUGUAGAGAAAACAUUAGAAAGUAGAAGGAUGUGAGUUGUUUGCCCCCCACACUCCAAAAUAUAGAUAUAAUAAGUUAAUAACUAUGGUCUAUG